AUGGCUCUAGUGUUACGGAAUAUAUAUCAAACAUUCAACUAUUUCUUCACCGAAUACAAAGAUCCACGUGUAGAAAACUACCCUCUGCUUGGUUCGCCAUGGCCAAUAGUAGUGAUCAUCGUGUUGUAUCUGCAGUUUGUCAGUAACUGGGGUCAUCGGAUCAUGGAAAACCGGACACCAUUUCAACUGACAACAGUUAUGAAUACAUACAAUCUUAUACAGAUAGUGAUGAACCUGUACAUUGGCAUUGUAGGAGGCCUGAACUCUUAUUUUGCUGUCGAUUAUAGUUGGAGUUGUGAGCCAAUAAGUCAAAAAGAUAGUCCAUCCAGGCAAAAACUUAUAUUUGUCACAUAUCUUUACUUCAUCUCUAAAAUAAUUGAUCUAUUGGAUACGGUAUUUUUUGUAUUACGUAAAAAGUACAAUCAAAUAACAUUCCUUCACACUUAUCACCAUGCAGGGAUGGUAGUUGCAACAUACAUAUUUACCAAAUUCUUGGCAGGUAGUCAUGCAACCCUAUUGGGCUUGAUCAAUAGUUUUGUACAUGUCAUCAUGUAUUUCUACUAUUUCCUCACUUCGUUCAAACCAGAAUUGAAACGUUCGUUGUGGUGGAAAAAACACAUCACUCAAGUUCAGCUGAUUCAGUUUACUAUCCUUAUGCUGCAUUUUGGAGUACCGUUGGUGGGGGAGUACUGUGAUUUUCCUAAAGUUCUAUUGUUUAUUGGUUUCACACAAAACAUGUUUAUGUUUACUUUGUUUGCAGACUUUUACAUUAAAGCGUACAUCAAACAAAACAAAAACAUAUCACGGAAUUAA